GAGAUUGCGACGUGCCUAGUCGCCUGUAUCUAGGUACGUUUUCAAGAUUUCUUUUCUUCAGUCGGUCUCGCUCGACGAACUUUUAUCUCCAUCGGCUGUCGCGCGGUUAUCUCAGAUCGGAUUUUUUGAGUUGGAAGAGACACAAUGGCGAGCGACAAUAAAUCCAGCCCCUUAAUUAAUGAAAGGACGAGACUAUUAACAACCGAUUCAUCUAGUAACGAGUCUCAUGAUGAGGAUUUCAAUGGUUCCUACAGCAGCAGCCCUAUAGAAAAUUCUUCGCCUCCGUCGGUAUAUGGUACUUCGGCUCGACCUGAUGAAGAACAAUGUGACCAGGAGAUAACUACCAGCGAAUCUUCCCGGAGGACUUACAGCAAUAGAUUUAUUUCUAGAGUUGUACUUGCUCUACUAGUCGGGGUAUUUACGGCAAGUGCAGAUGCCUCACUGGUGAUAGCAACGCACCCCGUCAUUGCCUCUGAGUUCAACGAUCUUGAGAACUCUACAUGGUUGUUCAUUAGCUUCUUACUAGCGGGCGCCGCAACUCAGUCGCUUUAUGGAAAGUUAAGCGAUAUAUAUGGCCGCAAACCUGUCCUGUUGACUUCAUAUGCUCUUUUUGCUAUUGGAUCUGCUUUAAUCGGUAUUGGCCAGUCGAUGUGGCAAGUAAUAGUCGGCCGUGUGAUUUCUGGCUCCGGAGGGGCUGGCAUAAUGUCAUUGGCCGCAGUAAUUAUCACUGACUUGGCCCCUCUAAGAGAUGUGGCUUCAUGGCAGAGUUACCUCAAUGUAGUGGCUACUGUUGGUCGAAGUUUGGGUGGCCCUACGGGAGGCUUUCUCGCUGAUACGAUUGGAUGGAGAUGGUCAUUCUUAGGACAAGCGCCGAUAUUCUUAUUAGCCAUGGCCCUUUGCUGGAUGAUACUUCCUAACUUAACAAUCGAACAGAACAAAAUGAAUGCUGAAACCACAAAGAGUCGACUCGCUAGGAUAGACUUUCUAGGUGCUGGCCUUUUGGGUGGCGGCCUCUUAGCUAUCCUCUUACCCCUGAGAAUUGCCGGGCAAAAGGUACCAUGGGGGAGCCCAGUCGUUCUAUCGCUAUUUACACUUGGAAUUUUCCUGCUAGUGCUAUUUACCAUCGCGGAAAUGCGAUGGGCGAAGGAACCUAUUUUCCCGUUGAGAUUGUUGAAGAAUCGAGACGUGGUUUUCAGCUACCUUAUCAUGGUUUUGCAAACUGCCGCGCAAGUUGGGAUGAUGGUCGCUGUUCCUCUUUAUUUUCAGGUUACAGAAAGGUCUUCAAGCACAGUUGCUGGAGCCCACCUUAUGCCAGCCGUCAUUGGCAAUACCAUUGGAGGUCUCCUGACUGGCGCAUGGAUAAGGAGGACCGGGUACUUCAAAGCGCCACUGAUAUUCGCAGGAAUUAUCUCGUUCAUUUGCUAUGGACUUUUGAUACUUAGGUGGAAUGGUAGAACAAACUGGGUAGAAUCGUUAUAUAUUUUUCCUGGUGGUUUUGGUACUGGUAUCUCAGCAAAUGCGGUUUUUGUUGCUCUCCAAGCGGCGAUAAACCCCGUAGACAAGGCCGUGGCAGCAUCAGGCUUAUAUCUUUCAUUACCCAUCGGGUCAAUCCUAGGCAUGGCGGCCUGCAACGCGGUAAUGCAGGUAACGAUGCCUGUAGAUUUGGCGUCAAGGCUGCGCAAACUUGGUAUAGAAAGAACGGAGGCUGAACAGAUUAUCAAGCAAGCUACUGCGCGGAUCGAUUAUCUGGAUGAGGCGCCACCGCGAAUAGCCAAGGCAGUUUCGCAGGCUUACGUUCGCGGACUUGAGUUUAGCCAUGGAGUUUCUUUGUUCUGUGCUAUACUUGCCAUAAUCUGUGCGUUAUUUAUGAGGAAUAGAAAACUACAUUAAUAUGAGGUACUCAAAGAGGUACGGUUAGAUAUUGUGUACAAAGUACAGGGCUGUGUUAUGGAGUGAAGGUGAAGGUGAAGCUCUAAAGUGCUAAAGGCAAUAAAAGGAGAUCUGUCAGAUAUUACUAAUAGAAUAGAAUCUAUUGAUAAAUAACCUUUUAG